AUGUGGACAGAUGCCCAGAAAGACCUCGACAUCCAGCUCCGGAGAGAAAGAGAAGAGUUCCUCCAGCCAGAAAAGGAUCGCGUGAAAGUAUUCAAGAUGUUAGCCAUUUCCUACAUCAAAUACAUACAAAUCUUCCGUAACUUGGAGAUGUCCCAUGACCAACUUGUUCACCAGCAGAAACGGACAGUGAUUCGGCAAGUGCUAGAUGGUGUGAUUGGCCGGAUCCUGGAGAUGAAAAAAGAGAUGGUGGAGCUGGAGAACUCAGAGUUUCAUUACAUUGAUAAUAUCCUGGAAGAUCUAAAGCUUCUCCCUGAAGACACAGAAGUACCUAUACCAAGGUAUUUCAUUAAGGAAAACCUUGAAGUCCUGCAGCAGAGGGAAAAAGUCCUUGAUCAGAUUUUGCUUAAUGCUGGAUUGCAAACACAGGGAGUAAAAAAACCUGUCAAAGCCAUGACGUUUGAAGAAGCCAUUAAAAUAAUCCAGGUUGCAGAACGAGCUCGACAAGGCCGUUGUCGAGCAGCAUUCAUGAAGCGAAUUUACCUUGAAGAGAAGAAAGACAGACAAACUAAGCUUCAGGUCCAGAUGGGUCCAAGUCCAGAUGAUGCUGCCACUUGCAUUCAAAAGGUUUGGCAUGGAUAUAUCCAGCGCAAGAAAACGGAGAAAAUGAGAGAAGAGGAAAUGAUAUUUCUGGGGAUGAACCUACCUUCUCACUUAAAGGCAAUGAGUAUAUCGCAGAUGCGUGCUGGGCAAGUAAAUACCAUGCAAGGUGAGGGCCAGGCGAGACAUGAGGAGGUAUUCAUCAAGGACAAGCUGAAAGAAACAGAGGGGUUCAACAUCAAGGAAACUCUCCAGGAUCAGAUCAGCCAGUGUUUCAUCGAGUGCCGGCAUAUCAUAGGCAAGUUUCCUGACUACCCUGCUGAAGGGGUAGGCGGUUCAAUGGCUAUUCUUUCUCAGAAAACUCCAGAGCAGGAAGAGGAGGAAGGCUGGAAAAUGGCUCCCAGUAAUUUCCUUUCAAUAAUGGAGGAAGGAAACAGUCAAUACAAAGCUGUUUGGCAGAACAGAGAUGAGGGAUGGGAUUUUCUCCAGGAUCAUGACCCGGAGCUGAUCAAAGAGGAGAAACGGGAAGAAGUGGAGGAAGAGAUCAGAGUGCAGGUUGAUGAAUUGAUGCAACAGAAACUGGAGAAUCUCAAACUGGCUGUGGAUGGAGAGAAGAGUGACAAACGGAAAAAAGGAAGAAAAAGUGAAAAGAAAAAAAAGACGACCAUGAGGAAAAAGAUACCCGAGAUGGAGGAAGAUCUAACUCCUGACAGGACCAUCGAUUCUCUGUACAGAGAACUAGUAGAAGAAGGAUUACUCAUAAAAGCCAAGACUGUGAAUCUCUCCGAUUAUGUUGGCGAGUACAGCUAUCUGGGGACCACACUUCGUCAGGUAGAUAUAGAGCCAAUGCCCUCUCUCGCAGAUGUCAGACAGCUAAUAGCACUGUAUGGAAUAUUGCCAUUAGGUUCCCAAACAGUCCAUGAGAAGGCUCCUGUGGUGAAAGCCUUGUUACUAGCUGGACCCGCUGGUGUUGGAAAGAAAAUGCUGGUCCAUGCCAUCUGCACAGAAACAGGAGCCAACCUCUUUGAUUUAUCUGCUUCCAACAUUGCUGGGAAAUAUCCAGGCAAGAAUGGCCUGCAAAUGAUGCUUCACAUGAUUCUCAAGGUGGCUAAGCAUUUGCAGCCUUCAGUCGUGUGGAUUGGAGACACAGAAAAAAUAUUUUCUAAAGCCGUGCUGAAAGCUGAAGAAGAGAUGAACCCGAAACGGCUAGAAAAGAUCCUCCCCAAAUUCCUUAAGGCUUUGAAAGCACAGGACAGAGUGCUGCUAGUGGGAACCACCAGGCGUCCCUUCGAUGCUAAUCUUAAACCUUUCUGCAAAGUCUACCAAAAAAUUAUUCUGAUUCCCAGGCCUGACUACGCUUCAAGAUUUGUGCUAUGGAAACACAUCAUCCUGCAGAAUGGUGGAGCAAUCACCAACUUGCUGAACAUAAGCUGCCUAGCAAAGGUGUCUGAUGGUUUCACCCAGGGACAUAUCGUCCAGGCGGUGCAAGCUGUCCUGAGCGAGCUACGCCUCCUGCAGAUGACCAGGAAGCCACUGAGGACUGCUGAGUUCAUGACUUCACUGGCCAGGCAGGACCCAGUGUACAAAGAGGAGGAAGAAACAUUUAAGGCUUGGUAUGCCAAGACACCACUGGGUAAAGCACGAAUCAGAGCACUGGCAGACAGGCAGAACCUGCAGAAAGACAAAACCCCACCUGAAAAGCUGCUUGAGAAGCUGCUCUAA